AUGGCGCGUUUAGUAGCACAGGGCAGACAGAAUCCGGUGGCUGGUACUACGGUAGUGCACAGUUCCACCGGUAAAGAGCAGCAAGACUCACAGAGCACCCUGCUGGACCAAAGCAGACGGCAUCGGACGGCCUUCACGCGGGAGCAGCUGUCUCGUCUGGAGCAAGAAUAUGGCAAGGAAAACUAUGUAUCCAGACCCCGGCGCUGCGAACUGGCUACUGCGCUCAAUUUACCGGAGACUACAAUAAAGGUAUGGUUCCAAAACAGAAGAAUGAAGGAUAAACGCCAAAGACACUCCUUGCCUUGGCCUCACCCGAUUAUUGACCCGCUGGGGGGGCUUCUGAUGGGCAGCACAUCUCCUUCCUCCAUCUUACCAUACACCUUCAUCCAAACCCACCUCCCACUCCACCCCUAUGCUCCCCUGGCUCUCUCUUCGACUACAUCAUCUCACAGCCCAUACAGUGCAUCAAUGAGUUCAGUAGAUGCAUUCCAUCUCUCCCAAUUCAACAAAAGGCCUGGGGAGCUGCCUCCAACAACAGCAGCACUCUACCCCUCUGUAAGCAUAAUGCGCCACCCUACUUCAUGCCCCUGUCCACUCUGCCUGCAGUGGGACCCAGAACAACUGUACAAAGCAAGAAGGGAUGCACUGGGACUGGGCUGGCCCCGCAGUCUGAAGGCUAACACUCAUUCUGCUAGUGUGGGGAAGACACAAGAGAUGGUGUAA